UAGAAAGAAAUAGGAGAAUAAAAUAUCACAAAGAGACUUUGGCCACAUUUCAUUUGGAAAAUGAGAACGAAAAAUGUAAUUGAGUUUUCGCAUUCAAUCAAAUAAUAAUCAAAGAGGAAAACGAAAUUGAAAAAAAGGAGACUCACGUGCGAUUGGCCGAGUGCGCACAAUCGCAUUAUUUAUAAAGCCAAUUAAAUCRUUAAUUAAUUAAUCCGAACGAAAGCGAAAUCAUGUUUGGCUGCAUUUACCAGCUCUGGGAUUGGUUGGAGGCGCCACCGCUCUUCACAGGCGGCACCAUGGACCCAAAGAAGCUGCAGCAGUUGCAGCUGCAGGCGGCAACGGCCCAGCAACAGAAGAAGCUGCCGCUGGCCUAUCAAACCAAUCUGAUUGACUAUCGCACAGCGACACAUUCGCCCGCCGGCUACCACCUGGCACCGCAAUCGAUCUACCAGCAGUCCCCCACGGCCACCUCGUCCAGCGGCGGCGGUCCACUGUCGCCCAUCGACAUGCAGCCGCAGGCCAAGCACGGCCUGCUCAAGCAUCAUGGCCAUGGCGGCAACUCCAGCAGCUCGCACAGCUCUCCCUAUCACCAGUCGUACACGAGCAGCGCCGGCACCGGAGACCAGCUCUAUCAGUCGCCCACGGAGCGCACGUAUCUGGCCGCCGCCGGGCGGCUGCAGGCGAGCAAUGCGACGGCGGGCCAUCAUCCCAUCUCGGCGCUGCAGGCGCAGUACCAGCAGCUGCAGCAGGCCAAGAUGCAGGCGCAGCUGGCCACGCAGAGYGAGGCGGCUCAGCAGCAGCAGCGCACGUUUGCCAUGCGCCAGGCCAUGAAUCCGCCCACGGGCCACUACCACAUGAGUCAAUCCUCUAGCAUGGUGUCCAACAUGACACUGCAACAGCAGCAGCAGCAACAACAACAGCAGCAACAGCAACAGCAACAGCAGCAACAACAACAACAGCAGCAACAGCGGGCUCCACCGUCUACACUUAAUUUGGCUAAUCAAUAUCAAGCUGCCUCGGGUCCGUUGAAGCUGCAGCAGCAAAUGCCAAAACAUUAUCAGGAGCAGCUCUAUGCCCAGCAGCAGCAGCAGCAGCAGCAGCAAUUGCAAUUGCAGUUGCAUCAACAACAACAGCUGCAACAACAACUGCAGCAACAGCAACAGCAGCAGCAACAACAACGGCAAAAGCAGGAGCAGCAAACGCCUGGCAGCGAGCAUGGACCCGUCUACAUCCAACAGAAUCAUCCCGGUCAUGUGGUCAAUCAGGCCUGUCAGACGCAAAUCUCAACUGUGGUCAAGCCCAAGCCCACGCCCAGCUCGGAGGAGUCCUCGUCGGCCUCCACGCGCAGUCCCACCCAUGCGCCGCUGGAUCGCAAGAAGAGCAUCGGCUCCAUACAGGCGCUCAAAUCUCCGAUCACCAAGCGUCCGCCCACCACGCCCGUCACCCUCUCCGGCUGGCUGCACAAGCAGGGCUCCGACGGACUCAAGGUCUGGCGCAAGCGCUGGUUCGUGCUGGCCGAGUACUGUCUCUACUACUACAAGGGUCCGGAGGAGGAGAAGCUGCUGGGCUCGGUGCUGCUGCCCUCGUACCGCGUCUCCGCCUGCCUGCCGGAGGACAAGAUCUAUCGCAAGUUCGCCUUCAAGUGCGAGCACCAGAACAUGCGCACCUAUUGGCUGGCCGCGGACAGCGCCGACGCCAUGAUGCAGUGGGUGCGCGCCCUGUCGGCGGCCAGCCUCAUGCAGGCGCCGAGCAGCGGCGAGUCGGAGCCCAGCGUCAGCUCCUCACUGAAUCACAGCGGGGAGAACUCGGACUCGGGCAUCCACACGCUGCAGUCGCAGCCGGGCAAGGGCCAGCUGACGCCCGCCUCGGACAAUGCGGGCAACGGCAAUGGAGCUCAGCCCCUGUAUGCCAAUGCACCGCCCAAGCCGCGCCGCAUCAACGACGGCGGCUACUCCUCGCCGUCGCCCGAGCACAAUGAACAGCAGCCAGUGCCACCUAGUCGUCGCAGUGGCGCCACCGGCGGCUCUGUCGGAGCCGGCGGCAUGUUGUCGCCCACGCAGCAGCUGUACCAGCAGAGAUCUCAGCAGCAGCAGCAGCAGCAACAUCAACAGCAGCAGCCGCAGCAGCAUCAUGCCAUCUACGAUACGCGCACCGGACACGUGUCGACGGCGCUGCAGCUGCAGCAGGCGCAGCAGCAAUACUCGCUGGAUCACCUGGAGGCGCAGUUCCAGCAACAGCAUCUCGACAUGGAGGAGCAGAUAGCACGGCUGCAGCAGCAGCGUGCCGUCGAGGAGAUCUACGGGGAGCGAGAUCUCUACAUGGCCAAGCUGAUGCAGCGUGGCGCCUACCCGACCCAGCAACAGUUGCAGGCAGAGCGCCGCACGCCAGACGCCUACGGCCGUUCCAAGCAGCAGCGCCUGUUCGCAGCAGCUGCUGCCGCGGCGGACUACGAGGAUAUCUACAAUAUGUCACAGCUGGCAGGAGCCGGCGGCGCACUGUCUGCACACGAGGCACUGCUGCAGGAGGCGGCCAGCUACAGGCGGCCACUCAGCCCGCCCAGCUACGAUGGCAGCAAGCAUGUGCCCGCCAUGCCACAACGCUACACGCCCAACCACAUGGAGCCAACGGCCGCCGAUCAGCUAAUCAAUAACCUGGACUUGCGCGCCCGCACCGCUGCGGCCAUCGUGCGUCCGCACUCCGCCGACUUCUUGGAGUAUGAGGCGCGUGCCGAGGCGGCUGCGGCUGCCGCCGCCGCUGCUGUGGCGCAGAGUAAGCACGAGGCAGGACGCGCGCCUCGACCCAAAUCGAGCUUGGACAUAAAUCGCACGCCCGACAGCUUCUACUACUCGGAGGCCAGCUACGCGGAGAAGAUGCGCAAGAGCGCGCUCUACUUGCAGAGCGGCGGCGGUGGUGCUGGCGGUGCUCAGCCACAGCAGGCGGGCAGCUAUCGCACCGCCAGCGGCGUCGCUGGCGAAUUCGGCAGCGGCCUGCACACCAUUGGCUACGAGAAUCCCUAUGAGCGGGCGUACAAGCGCCAGGAGCUGCUGGCCGAGGCGCAGGCACAGGGCAGCGCUGCAUGCAGCAUGCCACGCAUGAGUCGCUCGGCCAGCCAGGGUGCGGGCGGCGGUGCUGCAGCGCGUUCCGUGUCCUCGCACGCACAGCAGCAGCAACAGCAGCAGCAGCUGUCACAGGAUGAGGAGUUGCCGCCGCUUAACGUGCAUCCGGGCUCGAUAUUCCCACCCUCGAUGUCCACGCAAGAGAUCAUCAGCAAGAACGAGCAGUUCCUGCGCUCGGCCAGCGCCCGGCUGCCCAAGCGUAACGGCGGCCUGGACGACGACUAUUCCACGGCCAACAAUUCGCUGGCCACCUCGCCCACAGCGGGCGCAGCGCCAUCUCCGCAGAAUCCGCUGGAUGGCGAACGCAAGCGCGAGGAGUCCAUGAAGCGCCUGCUGGAGUGGAAGCAGCGCAUGCUGCAGUCCCCGCUAACGCGCAAGGGCGUGCAGCAGGGCGGCAGCAAUAUGUCCGCCAUGUCCAAGCUGGGCAGCAAUCCGAACAUAUUGCUCGCCUCCACGGCGGUGGCUAGCGGUGCUCGCUAUGCACCGCUGGCGGGCAAAACGGGCCUGGCUGCCACGGCUGCUGGUGGCACGGCAACCACAAGCUCUGUCGGCGCAACGGCAGCCGGCGCCAGCUCCGCGGGCAUUCAGCGCUCCAGAUCGGAAACGCAUGCGAAUAUGGGACCAGGCGGUGUCUACAACAGCUACUCCUCGGACGAUGAGGAUAAAGAAAGAGAAAACGCACAAAGCGCAGCUGGGCCUGGGCUGGAUGAUAACAUAAGUGUGACGGCAGGAAGGUCAACAACAACAACAGCAACAACAACAUCUAGCACACAAAACACAACAACAACAACAGCAAUGACAACAAUAACAAUAGCAGAGACAACAACAACAGCAGCAACAACUACACUAUCAAAUGUUAGCCUUAGCUCAAAUUUAAACAACUCAACAACAACAACAACAGCACCAACUGCAACUGCAACAACGACAAAGGCUACCAACAGCCAAACUUUUCAGCUCAAGCCCAUACUCAAGGUGCACGAGGCCAGCCGCACGCCCAUUAUUCAGGUACAGCCCAGCAGCUUGGGGCAGCAGCUGCCACUUCGGCCCAAGCUUAAGCUGCAGCUGCAGCCAACUGAGGCAGCCGAGCAGCCGGUGCCCAUUUUGCCGAAAAAGACGGCGCCCAAAUCACCGCAGAAUGUCAACUAUGUGCCCGUCUAUAGCAACAAGCUGGUCAGCAGCAACUACGAGAAUGUGGAGUAUGCCAAGGCGGUCAUCAGUGAUGCCGAGGAGACGCCCAUGCUGAUGCAGCUGAAGCUGUACAAAGAGCAGCAACAGCAACAGCAGCAGCAGCAACAGUCCGAAGAGGAUUUAACGCCCACAGCAGAGGCCAAGCCUGGGCUGGGCGAGGCAGCUAUAGCUAAAGAGGGUGACGAACAGAUGGAGAAACAGCAAGAGCAAAUACAGCAGCAGCAGGAGAAGAUGGAGGUGGAGCAGCAGCAGGACGAUGAAGAAGAUGAGAGCACUGCAUGUGAAGAGUACACUGAUGAUGACAUAGACGAGGCACUGGCACAGGACGACGAUGACGAUGAUGAUGUUGAUGCUGAUGCGGAUGCUUCUUCUGCUGCUGCUGACAAGGAGCUGCAGCAGCUUUAUGUAAAUGAGCCGAUUACGCCCACGGAUCAGCAGUUAGACGAGAGCCAUUAUUUGCCCAUGACGCCCAAAAAGGUGGAGCUGGGCCAGUCGGGCACCCUGAGUCUGGUGGCGACGCACGAGAGCUACAACGAGGCGGACGAGGAGAAUCAUUAUGUGGAAAUGACCAAAGGCCUGCACGACGACGAUAAUAGGAGCAACUAUGAGAUUAUGUGCAUAUCUAGCGCCCUGACGAGCAGCAGCGUCAAGCUGGCCCACACAGAGCCCGUCUACAUGGAACUGGCAGGCGUCAAAGCAACAGCCGCAGCAGCUGCAACCGCAGCAACAACUGCUGCUGAGGAGGCCCACUUCUCAUCCGGUCGCUCCACGCUAAAGAAGACCAAAAAGAACGGAACGGAAACAUUGAAGAAGAAGACCAAAAAACGUCAGGGCAAAGACAUGCCGGAUAUAUUGAAGCCGGCCAAGAGCGCGCUGGCCAGUGACAGCUCCGAUGCGGAUGACGAGAGCAGCAAACAGCAGAUGGAGGCCAAGCGACUACGUUCCCGGACGCGUUUCAGCCUGUCGGAUACCUUUAGGCCCGCAUCAUACUACUUGGGCGCCUCCACGCCCCUCAACAACUAUGCGGAGAGYUCGGACAGCGAGAUAUUGCCGCCGCCGCCCAUACCCGACUCGCCGCCUCCCAUGGAGGAGCUGAAGACGGAGGAGAUCUUCUCCUCGGAGCACUAUGACACGGUGAGGCGGCGCGACAGCAAAGUGCAUCUGUCCUAUGAGCAGCUGCCCAAGAUGCACGCCAGCAACACCUCGCUGAAUCUGCCCAAGACAGAGCCGAGCACCACGCUGAAGAGCAGUCGCCUCUCUCUGCCCGAUCACUUCGCCAAGGUGCGUGGCACGCCGGAGCAGCAGCAGCGCCGGGCCACGGCGAGGGCAGCCGGCUCGAGCUCGAGCGGCUCUGGCCUGACGCUGCUGCAGCAGCAGCACGCGCGCACCUUGUCCGACUCCAACUACAGCUGCCAGACGGACAAGAGCUCAUCGCGCACCUCCUCCGAUCUAGAGUUGUUCCGCUGCAAGCUGCAGCAGCGGCCGCCCAGCAACAACUCGCUGCCCAGCGAGAGCGAGUCCGUUGAGUUCCGCCAGCGCUCCGACUCUGAGCUGGAGCGCCAGCGCUCGCGGCGUCCGCUCUCCCAGGAGUCGAUCAGUGAGAUCGAGUCGAUGAGCGAGCACUUUGAGGAGACGCUGAGCAGCCAUGAGCUGGAUACGUAUUUGAGUCACCUGCAGACCAGCGACCUGCUGCCCUAUCAGGCACAUGCCACGCCCACGCGACACCUGCUUAACGAUGCGAAUGCCGCCGCAGGCGCUGACAUCCUCACCAAUCUAAUCAAGCCACCGAAGACGUUCCGCAACGCGGAUGGCGAUGAGCAGAAUUUCUAUGGCAACAUACACUUUCUCUCCUCCACGGACUCCAUACAGCAGCUGGGCAGCCUGGGCAGCACGGGCGCCGAGGGCGCAGUCCGCCUCACCCCCAUGCACAGUCGAAACAAUAGUAACAUCUCCACGCAAUCGGCGCCGUAUUAUUACUCCGAGUUGCCUGCGCCGCCGCAGCUGAAUAAUCAGCGUGAGAUCCACGCCCACGGGCUGAACAUAGCGCACAUACACAAUCCCAUCGAUAGGCUGCAGUUCAAUAUGGAUGCACUGGUGGACAAGGAUCAGGCCAUCGACAGCAAGAAUCUGUACAGCGUGAAGGCGAACGUCGAGAAGCUGAGCUACAGCUGCAAUAAGAACCUAAUCAAGCUGAACAACGUGCAGCUGGAGUCAGCGGAGCUGGGCAGCGGCGAGGGUAGUGAGAGUCAUUCAUUAAACCCAAUUCAUUCAUAUCUUACAACUACUAAAAACACAAAUCUCGCUCGUAAACUGACUGGUGGUAGCCACUUGGAGGCGGAGGCGGAGGAGGAGGAGGCGGAGGGUUCGGUUGGGUUGGGUGGAGCUGAGCAGGGCCUGGACAAGAGACCGACGGCAGCGGCAGCGACAGCCACAGUGAACACCACAGUGAAUAACGCCAAUCAACUCUCAGUUCUAGGUGGCGAGCUGCUCUGGGAGGAGGAUGCCCUGUGGCGGGAGAGCCUGCGGCGCGUCUCGCAACGUCAUGCGCGCUCCCUGGAUGAUCUGGAUCGCAUAGCAGUGGCUGCGCCCACCUUGCCCAUACCGACGCCAGCGCCCAUGACCAUGCCCAGCAGCCAGGCGACCAAGACGAAGCUCACGCGUGAGGUGACCUACGUGAACGAUUGCCAGAAGCCGCCGCCGCGUCAGCCGCCGGCAGCGUCGCCUCCCUCGUCGGCCUCGCACGACGAGCACGAUGUCUAUGUGCAGCUGCUGGCGAAUAGCUCGGGCAUGAGCCAGGUCAGCGAUGCGGAUGUCUAUGAGGUGCUGCGCGCCGAAACGGGCUCCAAUCUGUCGCACAAGUCGCAGGAGCUGGAUCGCGAGACCAUCCGGCAGUGGGAUGCCAUGUCGAGUGGCCUCAUGAAGAGCAAUAACAAUGCAGAGCUCACAGCCACAGCGACGGCCACGCCCACGCCCAGAACGCCUGCCUCCAGUGGACCAAUGCUGCCGCUGACAAGCAAUGUGCGUUCCAUCAUACAGCAGCUGAAUGGGAACAAUGAUGUCAAUGGCAAUGGCAAUGCCAAUGCCACAGCCUCGAUUUCGGUGCGCAACGUAAACAAUUUGCCCAAAGGCAAUCUAACCGUCAAACCGGACCCAUCGGAUGCACUGCAACUGCAGCAGCAGCCGCACGAAUCGGCAUUCGCCCACUAUGAUCCCUACUAUGGCAAUGCGACGGAGACCAAAUACGCCAAGGCCACAGUCCUGACAGAUCGCGGUCUGUACGGUCGUUCAGCAGCCAUGGCCACAUCGACGCCGCAACAACAACAGCAACAACUGCAGUUUGGCAUGCGUCGUGCUGGCAGUCGAGCUGAAAUUGAUAUGCUGGAGCGUGAGACGAGCUCACAGAUAAGGAAUCGGCUGCGCGGCGCCGAGGGACUUACGCGUGCGGAGAGCAUACAGCGUUUGGACUACUUGAAGCAGCAUUUGCUGGACCUGGAGCGGCAGUAUGAGAAGAGCAAGCCGCUGGUCAAUCUGGUGGACAAUAUGGUCAAGCUGGGCUCGUUGUAUCGCAACGAUGCCAAUGGCCGUGCUCAGCCGGCGACCAUGGAUCGGCUGGAGUUCAAUCAGCGCAUGCAGGAGCGUCAGAUGCUGCAGGAGGAGCAGAAGCAAUGGGAUCGACUCAGUCCCAAUCAGACAGAGCUGCAGGCCAAGGUGCGAGAGCUCUAUCAGCUGGAUCAGCUGCUGCAGGAGGAGUCGGGCGUAUUGCAGAGCCUGCAGCGUGACAAGGAGGAUUUGGAGCGCGCCUUGGGCGGAUUACGGGCACGCAUACACGACAACAAUGCCACGCCCAUGGCCCUGGAGGCGGCCAAGAAGCAGCAGCAUAUACUGGAGCGCGAGCUAUCGCGUGUGCAUCAACUGCUCGCCGAGAACUCUAAGAAACUGGAGCAGACUGUGGCGGGCAAUGCUCGCCUGGAGCAGGAGCUGCUCACACUGCGCCAGAAGGUGCAGUCGACGCGCAGCAACGGCGCCAACAGCGAUGCCAGCCAGCUGAAUGGCAACCAGACGGCAGCAGUGCUGCAGUCGGAGCUGGAGCGGGUGCAAUCUCUGGUGGGGGAUAUGCAGCGGCAGCGGCAUGAGCUGAGUUCGGCCGUGCGACAGUUGACGGAGAACUCGACGCGUUUGUAUCAGGAAAUCGGCAACAAGGAAUUGAGUCCGACGAACGGAACGGGCAACUCGAACGGCAGCCUGAAGAAGCGCAGCAAUUCGAGCAGCUGGACCGAAACCGAUCUGGAUGCCAACAUGCUGCACAAUGGCAGUCAGCAGCAUCUGAAUGACUCCACGCUGAAUCUGUCGACGCCGCUCUACGUGGACACCAAUAGCAGCGCCAAGUUGGGCGACUACAAUCGCUAUAAUGGCAGCAGCGAUGCUCUGGAGCUGAGCGGCGUUGAUAGCGAUGGUUUCCUGGACAGCAAUCCCUUUGCCAAUCUGAGCAAUCUGGAGAAGCAGGAGAUCAAAACGGUGCGCAUUGUUAAGCGGGAGUCGGAGCGGCGACAUCGCGACCGCAGCGAGCGUGGCCUGAGCAACUCCACACAGAAUCUCGACCAGGUGCUGGAGGAGGAGCAAUACGCCCAGCAGCUGCAGCAGCAGCAGUAUGCCCAAAGCCUCGAGGAGCAGAUGAGCAAUGGCCAUCACAGCCGGUCCAAGUCUUUGCCACGCAGCUACAACGAGCCGCCAAAGCCCAGGCACAGUCGCCACAUGAAUGGCAAGCAGAACGGACACCACUUCAAUGGCGGCGGCUCCGACUAUGAUCGCAAUAGCAACUACGAGCACGAGGAACCGCCGCCGCCAGCGCCCCAGAGCAAUGGCCACCAUCACCAUCAUCAGCAGCAGCAGCAGCAUCAGCGCGAGCAUCUGAAUCCUUUGGCCAACGCAUACUUUGCCAAGCAGCUGCAGCAGCAGGCCCAUCCCAGCCGGGACAGCGCACGCGUGGCGCUGCGCACCAAGACCGAGUCGCUGCAGAGUCUCAACAAGAGCCUAACAGACAUUAGCCCUGAGCCGGUGUUCCAGAGUGUGGCCGCUCGCCAGAUCAUCAAUGAAAUGUCCGCUGGCUCCGCCUCCGAGGAUACAGAGAAGAUUGUGGAGCGAGUGCCGCCGCCACACAAACACCGACGCGCUGUGCCCCGUGAGAAGCGACGACACUACACGGCGCCCAAUAAUGUCAACCAGAAGGCCAUGGAGAAAGUGCAGGCCGAGAACGAUAUGAAUCGCAAUAACACCAACUGGCGCGCACGUGAUGAUCUGGACAUGGAGGUGGCGUUGCGUCCACGCAUGAAUGCGCCCGAUGUGGUCCGCUCAGCUCUGGGCCAGGGCGAGAAGAUCUCCGAGAAUACCAUUGACAAUUUGCUGCUGGCGCCCAAUAAGAUAGUCAUACCCGAGCGUUACAUACCAGAAACAACGCCCGAAUUGUCGCCUGAGGAGAAGAAGCGUCGCCAGGAGAAGGUCGAGUCCAUUAAAAAGAUGCUCGCUGAAGCGCCCAUUAGCAGCAAUGAGAACGAAACGCUGCCUGCCAGCAAGAUCAAUGCGGAGAAGAAGCAGCGCGAGCAUUUGCUGCAGCUGAAUCAAAUUUUGGCCCAGCAAGUCAUGCAAGUCAGCAAAAUUGUUGCCGGCAAUCCCACUAGUCACAACUAACUCCAUUUAAUAGCCUGUCGUGUUGUUUAUGUUUUUGUUUUACCAAUUGUUCACAUUUUUUGUGUUAUUUGUUUGAGUUGAAAGAAAAUGACGAAAGAAAUGGGCCAAAUAUGUGAUGUAAUUCGACUUACAUAUGCAUAUGCUACACUUAAACUAUAUACAAUAAGAGCAACAGCAACAACAACAACCACAACAACUACAUUACAUACAACCACAACAACAACAGCACAGCAAGAACUCACGCGACGUUGAGAUUAUCGCAUGCUAAGCUCACUAAAAAAAAAAAAAGAAAAAAAAAACAAAAAUCAAUUCAAAGCAAUCACAAAAUACUAAAC